CAUGAAGGUCUUGAUAUCACCAUUUUAGGUAGCAAUGGCUUUUAUUCAUAUCGGAAUCAGAUUGAAGCACGUGGACUCCCUUUGUUGCCUGAAUCAUUGGCUGCUCUUCCUCCUUUUGCAUCAAUUAUUUUCAAUUCUGGGGAAUCCAGCGGAGAAAAUAGCAAGCCAGAAGUUGCAAAAACUGGAUUGGGUUCAUCUGCUGCUAUGACAUCUUCGGUGGUUGCUGCUUUGCUUCAUUACCUGGGAGUUGUUGAUCUUGCUCACGUGAAGGGCACUGCAGAUCUGGAUGUGGUGCAUAUUAUAGCUCAAACUGCUCAUUGCAUUGCACAGGGGAAAGUUGGCAGUGGAUUUGAUGUUAACUUUGCAGUUUAUGGUAGCCAUCAUUAUGUCCGUUUUUCACCAGAAGUAAUCUCUUCUGCUCAGGUUGCCAUAAAAGGUGCUCCCCUGGGAGAAGUGGUUAUCGAAAUUUUAAAAGGAAAAUGGGACCAUGAGAGGACAAAGCUAUCCUUGCCACCAUUAAUGAAUCUUUUACUUGGAGAACCAGGAACUGGAGGAUCAUCUACACCAUCAAUGGUAGGUGCUGUUAAAAAAUGGCAGAAGUCUAACCCCGAAAAAUCACAGGAAACAUGGACAAAGUUGUCAGAGGCUAAUUCUGCACUUGAAACACAGUUAAAUACAUUAUGUAAAUUAGCAGAAGAACACUGGGAUGAAUAUAAGAAACUAAUUAACAGCUGCGGCUCACUUAAACCUGAAAAGUGGAUGGAGCAAGCCACUCAACAAAGUCAAGAGGUCAUUGCCAAAGCUUUAUUAGGCGCUAGAGUUGCUAUGCUUGGGAUCCGGUAUCAUAUGCGUCUGAUAGGCGAGGCUGCAGGCAUUCCGGUAUAUUGAUCUGUCUUUGAUUGGAUUCUAGUUAGUUCAAUUGUUACAGUUAGGGUUUCAGUAUAACUUUUAUAUUUAUUAUUCCACUUUUAACUGUUUUAGUAAGAAAUCACCAAACAAAAGUGUACAACUUUAUUCAUGUUAAACUUUCAAGUCAGCAAACAGCACAUAUACAAAUGGAUACACCGUUACACACAAA